AUGUCACCAGAAAUAGAGACUAAAGCAAGUGUCAGAUUCAAAGCUGGUGUUAAAGAUUACAGAUUAAUUUAUUAUACUCCGAAAUAUCAGACCAAAGAUACUGAUAUCUUAGCAGCAUUUCGAGUCACUCCUCAACCUGGAGUACCCCCCAAAGAAGCGGGAGCAGUAGUAGCCGCCGAAUCUUCCACUGGUACGUGGAUGACUGUUUGGACUGAUGGACUUACCAGUAUUGAUCAUUACAAGGGGCGAUGCUAUGAUAUUGAACCCAUUCCUGGAGAGGAAAGUCAAUUUAUUGCCUAUGUGGCUUACCCUUUAGAUCUUUUUGAAGAAGGUUUUGUUACUAACCUAUUCACUUCUAUUGUAGGUAAUGUAUUUGGAUUCAAAGCCUUAUGGGCUCUACGUCUGGAAGAUUUAUGA